UCAAAAGUCAAUUAUAUCACAUAUAGUAGGUAAUUUUGCUGUGUCAUACAUACUCAAAGAAAAAAAAAAUAAUGAUAAAAGUUGCAGACUCUACUUCCUUCUCUAAUAAGGACAGUCAUUCAUACAAAGUCUUUUGAACGAUUCUUGUUUCGAAAAUAAUAAAGAUUUUAACAAUUGGUAUCCCAAUUAUUCUAGCUGCUGAAUUGGACACAUAGGAUUCAAGUGAAUUUGUGCGAUUCAAAUGUUCGACAUGAUGCACAUGAAAUCCCGUACAACUCAACAACUAGGAUAACUGAGAUACCAAUUGUUGGGAUCCCUAUCAUUACUGUUCUUGUUUUGUGUCCUUUCACAUCCAUAUAUAUGAUUCCUUCUAAUUUUCUUCCAACACUUUCUCAUUGCCUCUGAUAAAAGGUUUUCUUUUCCAAAUUCAUGGUAUAAAGGGCUCCACUUUCUUGUCUUGUCUUUACAAUUCCCAAAGUUUCUCACACAAAAAAACCAUUAUUUACAGCCUUCACUUAGCUUAUGUGUAGGGAUCUUCUCUUCCUCUCUUUGUUGUUCUUCUCUCUAACUGUAGCAGACAACUCCCUCUGCAACAUUUCAGAGAAGAAAAUUCCUUCUGUGAUCCUUGGAUAUUCCUUUAAUCACUUAUGCUACCUUAAACCUUGAAAAAAGCUGCCUUUCUUUCUGUCCUUCAAUUCCCACAAAAAUUAUGUGCAGCACUGUUUAUAUUUGACCAUUUUUGGAGCUUUUUCUUUGUUCUCCAAGUUGUAAACUACCCUGAAAAAGGAAGGCAAAUUAUGUGCUCGGAGACGAGUCCUCGGAUCUCUUUCUCUCAAGAUCUUGGCCAGGAAGAUGAUGCAUCAAUUGAACAAGUUGUGUCUCGAAGGGACUUAUCGCUAUUGGACUCGAAUUCUGAUUUUGAGUUCAGCAUUUGCAGCAACUUUGAUCAUGAUUCUUCAUUGGCAGAUGAACUUUUCUUGAAUGGAAUGAUCCUUCCUGUUCAAGUUCAAGACAGAGUUUCUGCUCCUAAACAAGCCCAGCAACACAAACACAAUAUUACUCCUCUUCUUUCACUACCUCCUCUUCCUAGUUCUUCUAGUUCUGAAAAUUCAAGGAAGGAAAGCAUGAAAGAAUUCCCUUUUCCAAGCUCUGAUUUGGAUGAAAAGUCUCAGUCCAAUAAUAAGUCUUUUUGGGGUUUCAAGAGAAGCAGUAGUCUCAAUUGUGAUAUUAAGAGGAGCUUAAUUCGUUCAUUGCCUCUUCUAUCGCGAAGCAACUCAACUGGUUCGGUUCCUAAUCCGAAACAAACAACAUUGAAGGACAUACAAAGGCAGAAUCAGCAAAAGCAACAACUGACAGCAAAGUCAUCAUCAUCAUCUUCUCCUGCUGCUGCUACUUAUAUAUACCCUCUAUCACAAAAGCCUCCUCUUAAGAAAAAUCAUGGCAACAGGAUUCGUAUUAGUCCUUUGUUGAAUGUACUUCCUCCUUCCAUUCCUAGAGGAACUGGAAGUUUCCUUGGUUUGGGGUUUUUGUAUAAAGAUAAGAAGAACAAGAAGUGAUCGGUGCUUCACUGCUUUCAAUUUAUCUUACUGUAAAGUUAGAGAUCUUGUAGAUUCAUACAUGUUAAUCAUUCAUGGCUAGUCUCAUUCUGAUAAUCUUUCUGGUAUCUUUCAUUUUAUGGGUCUGUUAUGCUUCAUUCAAAAGCAACUUGUCUUUGAUUAGGUUAAUGUGGACAUGGGAGAUUGCCUCUUGUUCUGGCAACUUUUUCUUCCUAUUGUUUGAAGCUAAGACAAUGAUAUUAGCUUCAGCUUUCCAUUUAAACUACUAAAACUAGUUUAUUAUGGCAUUAAUUGCAGCUACCCAUCUGCAUUUUGGUUUUAUGAUAAAGAUAUGUUUAAAUUUCUCAAAUUAAAACCACUUGGGUGAUAGCCUAGUUGGUGAAUCUCUCUAGGGUCAAAUCGUAUGAACUCAGGAGGUCUUGAAUUCGAUUCCCACUAGGAGCAAUACCCUUAUGACCACACGUUUGACUUUGACCAAACUUACCAUUUCAUUAGGUGGAAAACUUCUGUGGGCAUGGGCCUCACUACCCGAGUUAGGCCGAUAUUGGAGAAAAUCUCGAAUUAGGGUUUAGGGUUUGGUUUAGCCAAGAUUUGUUAUUUGCCUCAUUUGGAGCACUUUCCAUAUUAAGGUUGCAUUAGUUAGGCUUUGAUUGCCUUUUCUGGAUAAACAAACUAAACUGCACUAUAAUCAUUGUUUUUAUGUCUCAUACCAGACCAAACCCAGCAAGUAAGGCCAGUUUAGAUUAUGUCAUCUGUUUUCUCAUUUUAGCUAAACAACUCUACAUCAUUUAGUUCUUAAGUUCAUAUGUGGAUUCUGGAUACAGCUGUCUUACGAAUCCCAACAUUUUUUUGUCCCACUAUCCCAAAUGAUGAGAUGGACACACGAUUUCAUAAUAUAAUGUGUGGCCAACGAUUUCACAUCAAUUAUGUACGUUCAUCACAACAUUUAAGAUCUAAAACAAAAAACAUUGAGAUGCUUUGUAUUUUCAUUAUGGAUACGGUCUCAACCAGUUUAGGAAUUCUUGUUGGAUA